AUGAACAAAAUAAAGGAAUUUUGUAGUGGGUACAUUAAAACUAUAUUAUUUGCAAUUGAGUAUAAGCAUCGUUUUUAAGUAUAAUCAUCAUUAUUACAAAGUUUCCUCAAGGGCUAUUUAUCGUUCCUCAUUUUCUGCAUCAUGUCUAAUUAUUAAGUUUAUUUUUGGAUAGAUCUUCAGAUCAAGCAUAUGAUUAUGUGGUUGUUUUGACACAUUUCUCUUUAAUUGAACCAAUGUUGACAGAUGAACUAAGCAAAAUUUUUCUAUUUGGAAUUUUUGCCUAUUAAAUAAUUUUACUAUUUUAUCUACUUAUUGCAACAUUUGAAACCCAAAGAGUAGCCUCAAACUUUAAAUUGAGAUUAGCUUUAGAGAAAAAAAUAGAAUCUGUAAGUUCCGUUUUGCACUGGUACUUUACUUUUUAUAACAUCUUUACAAUUCCAAUAAUUGUAAUUAGUGCUAAAUUUAUGCUAACUAAUUAUUAUAUUUUCGGAUACUUUAAUGCAAUUUUACAAUAUUUUUAAGGAAUAAUCUUAACAUAUCUAUUAAGGAAUCAUAGAUUUGCUGAAAAUAACUCUUUUAAAAGAAAAUUCGCUUAUGUUCAACUUUUCAAUUAUACCAUUGUUUAUUUAUUAAUUUUUUUUAGAUUUUAUGAAGAAAUUGUAUUUGUUAAGUUUGCUUUAGGAUUUUUAUACGCAAUUUUGCAAAUAGUGGAUUAAUUUUAUAGUUGUCCUUACAGAGAUCCAUUUAGAGAGCCCUCCUUAAAAGUAGCUAUGAUACUUUUAAGUAGUAUAUUCAUAUGCUUAUUGUUUUCGCUGAAGGCAAUUGUAGAUGGGUAAUUAUUUUGGAUUCUGUUUGUGGCUGCAUUGAUAAGUGGUGUUUCUACUUCAAUAAGUUAACUGUUUCAUGAAUUUGCUAUGACGAACUACAAUUCUCGUUUCAACUUAUAAGAGAAAUAUAUAAUUAUUGGAGUAGAUUAAUUUUAUAGUCAUUUUACUUAUUUCUAAACAAGUGAAUAUAAUAAAUUGACUUACUUUUAAUAAUUGAUUAAACACAAUGAGAAUUGUAUGAGACCUAAGUGUCCUUCUUAAAAAUCAAAAUUAUCAAAAGUUAAUUUUAAUGAUAAUAUAUAAUUACAAAAAUUAACAAUUGAUGUAGUGAGUUGUAUAUUUAAGACUUGUCAUAGUAGAACUGUUAUUAAAAAUGGAGAAAUUCAUAAGCCUAAAUUCGAAUAGUUACAAUUAUAAUAUAUAAGUUUUUUAUCAUCAAUAGCCUAAAGACCAUUGAUUGGUUAUGUUGAAUUACGGAAAUAUUAGUAAGACUAAAAUAACGAUAAUUCCUUAUAUUUCAGAGAAUUGACUUCUAAAAUUUCUGCUGAAUUAGAAUUUUCCAUUUUGUAUCUUUAGGAAAGGAUGAUCUAACAGCAAUUUAGAAGGGAAAAAUAUAUGCCAAAGUAAGAAAAAUUAACGAUUGAUUAACUUUGGAGGAGUGUUAAUUGUUACUAAGAAAUCACUCCUAAAAUAAUUGAUGUAAUUGAUAAGAAACAAAAAUUUUGGGAUAAUCUAUUAGAAGGCUAUGAUGAUUUAGAGCCAUUUCAUAAAGAAUAACUGUAGCUGUGCAAAUCUAUAGAUGAACUCUAUAAGAAAAUUAAAAGUAAAUUUUUUGGUAUCUCUAUUUAGCCUCAUUAAUAAUUCCAGAGGUAUUUUUUGACAGGUCAAAGGAUGUAAGUUUAUAAACAGUUCUUAAAACAUUGGAUCCAGAAGAUAGGAAUAUAAACAUACUAAAUUUGAAACUAUAUUCUAUUUUAUAUGCCGUUAUUUUGAAUGAUUUUGACAGAGUAACUUAUUAAUAUAUGAUAGGCAUUUUAAGCAGAAAAAUAAAUUGAGGAACUUAUAAAGGAAGAUAGAUAGAAAUCCAUUGAAAUUAUAGAUGACUGUGCUUUAUUGAAGGAUGAUGCUGCUAUUAUCUUAGUUAGUCUUGUAAGAAAGAAGGGUCAUAUAGUGAAUAAGAAUUUGUUGACUUUGGCGAAUUUCUUUGAGUUUUAGAAUGUUCAAGAUAUAGCAGGAGUAUAAUCAAAAUUAUACUUUUUAGUAAACAUUAAUCUCUUCUUUCCUGCCUCCUGAUUUAAGAAUAUUGCACGAUGCUUAGCUAAAUGAAUUUAUUUCAAAAGGAUUUACAAAGUAUUCAGUUUAAAGCAUUCACACUUUUUAUUUAUAAAAAUAAGGUUACCUUAGAGAAUGUUAUAUAAAAUUGGGAAAUUUAUUUUAAGAUUCUUCAGAUUUCAUUUUGACAGGUUCAAUUCUUAGAUUGCAAAUCUCCUAAGAUAUAAUUAUGUUCGAUAGUUAUGGCAAAAUUAUUGGUACUAGUUAAGAAUUCUUUCUAAAGAGGAUCCUACCCAAUAACCCAGGAAUGACUAUGGAAAGAUUUGUGGAACAAGGCAAUAUUGUUAUGUUGAUGCCAUUCAUUUUGGUCAAUAUAAAGAAACUAGCAAAUGAGACAUAGACAGAUUUUGUAGAUUACAGUUAUUUCCCAGAAUAAUUGUUAGAUAUUUGUUUAUAAUUUGGAUAAUUAUUUGAUAAUAAACACUAAUAUGAUCAACGAUUAUCAUCCUAUAAUUUAACCACAAUUAAAUCUUAAUAAGCUUCACAUAUUUCAGCAAUAUCUGACAGAAGUUACAAUAAUUCAGAAGAAUCUGUUAAAAUUAAAGGUCUAAAUAUCCCUAUGUUAUAAACAGAAAGAAUGAAUAUGGUACUAGAUUUUCUAUUGAAGUAUCAUGAUGAAUAAUCUAUUCAAUUUGAUAUUCUCAAAAUUAAGUACAGUUUAGAGUUUUAAGUAAUGGAAACCAAAAAAAAUAAAUAUCCAUAUUUUGUAUUAAAAUUAGAACCUUUGAAUGAAUUUGAAAGAUCUGAUUCAUGUUCCAUAAUACCUUUUAAAAAAUCAAUCAGAAGAACACUAAUUGCUCUUAAAUAUGGGGAAUCUCAAACUGGUAUGGAAUCAAUGAACACAAAAAACUUCACAAAUAAAAACCUUUAGUAAAAUUAAGAUUAAUUAAAUGAAACAGCUGAUAUCAAAGGUCCCUCAGACCAACAUCUUUUAGAAUAGAUUAUGCAAAUUAGUAAUAUAUCUAUUUGUAAUCCUUAAAAACAACCAGAUGAUUUGAAAGUGGUCUUUUAAAACCCUUAGAUUUCAAGAAAUGAAGAUGAAGACUUCCAUUAAAUAGUAUAAGAUGUUGAAGAAAGUAAAUUAGAUGUUUAAAAACCAGAAUAGGAAUUGUAUGAAGAUCCCAAAUAUGAUUCUGAUUUAAUAGAAAAAAAGUCUGAUAGUUCAAAAGGUUAAAAAUCAAAAAAGAAAAGUGAUAUUUUAGAGAUUUUAAGAAAGAAUAUUAAUAAUUAAGAAGUUUAAGAACAUGAAAAUUAAUAGUCCUCUAAGCCCAGUACAACUAAGUCUUCUUCAUCAAAGUCACCCUAUUUAUUAAUUAGAACUCUCUAUCAAAUUGGAGAGAUUGAUUCCUAGAUUUGGACUAUAAUAAUCCUUAAUGUUUUUAUUUGUCUGAUUGCUUUGAUUUUGGUUUUCAUUAAGAUAUUCAUCGUUUAAAGUAAUUAUUUAAUUUAUUUUUAAGGUUAAUUUGGAAUUCUUUAAUCUAAUCUAAAUUAUGUUCAAUAUCCUGAGAAAAUCAAUAAUUACUUUCUAAAAUCAUUAAUGUUCUCAUCAAACAUUCUCCAAUAAAAAUUAGAAUUAGUAACUUAUAGUUAAUUGGUAAAUGAUGCUCUUAAAACUGAGUUUAGCAAUUUAGCAUUAAAGAUCGAAUAUGAGUUAAAAAGUAUAUAUGAGGAUAUCAUCACUUUUGAAAAUUAAGUAAUCUCUACAAAUGAUGAUCUAAGGAUCAUCAAUAAUUUAAAAUAGUUUUAAAUUGCAUUUGAUUUAACAAUACUGUUAGAAUAAAUUUCCUCCAAUUCUAUCAACCUAAACUUGAAAAUCCAAAAUGAAAAGGAACUAGAUUAAAAUUUCGUGUCAUUAAAUUUAUUCUUUAAAUUAAAUAUGCUUUAAGUCAUAACAAUAAGCAAAAGCUAUAUCAAUUAUCUUAAUGAUAACUUAAUGUUUUAUGAGCAACAAAUUGUUAAUAUUCUCAUUUAUGUUAUUGUUGCAGAACUUAGUAUCAUAACUGCUUUCAUGUUCUUAAUCAUUAAGGUUUUAUAAGAUGUAAACUAAUUAAUCAGAAAAAUCUUAAUUCUAAUUACAAAACUAAGUGAGGAUGAUGUGAAUUAAAUUAAUAAGAUUUAUUCGUAAAUAAAAAUUAUACUUAAAGAUCCAAAAUAGGUCUAAUGGAAAUAAACAAAUUUUGUUAAAUGCAUAUUUGAAACCAAUUUGAUAAAAGCUAAAUAAGAUUUAAACUUUCUUUAAUCCUCAAGUGGAUCUGAUGCUGCCAAAAACAAUAAGUAGAAAUUUAAAAAGAGAUAUCAAAACAGUUCUUUAACUUCAAGAGUAUAUAAUCUAAGAUUACCUUAAAUUUGGAAUUAUGCAUUCAUAUUUUUAUCUUGGUUAUUUCUAGCUGGUUAUUUGUUAGGUGCAUUAGGAUUAUCCCUUUCAAUGGUUCAUUCGAUUAAACCAGCGAUUGCCUUAAAUUUAUAAUUAAUAGAAUUUAAAUUAAAAUUCGAUUCUCUAAUAGUUUAUGGAGAAAUUUUGAAAACAGACUAGUUGGUGAAUUUAAAGCUAAACCAAUUGUUUGAAUUAUCUUCGAUUAAUUUCAACUAAGAUGGGGUCAUAGCUGAAUUUUUUUCAUUAUAAGAAGGUUUCUAAGAUUAAUUGUCCGUCAUUUAUGAUCAGUUAGAAUCAAGUACUUCCCUUCUAGAAGAACAAAAAAACACUUUAUUGAUUCCAUUUCGUAGUUCUCUUUGUGAAAGCGAUCCUACUCUUGUUCCAGCUUGUACAAAUCCAUAAGAAUCCAUUUCUUCGGAUAAUAGUUUAGAUUAUCUUUCUGGAGGGAUAGUUGACAUGGUACAUGAAUUUUCAAAAACUUUGAAAACUUUCUGGCAGUUAAAUGAUUUUGCUAUUACUGAUGAGGAUUAAUUAGAAAAGUUUCUAUCUGGAUAAGUACAUACUACAGAAUUUGUUCAUCAUUUUCUAUUUUAAGGAAAGAUUAUGGAACAAAUUGCAAAUACUAUGUUAAAUUUAAAUAAAAGCACUUUAGACUCUGUUAUCUUAAAAUUUUAAAUUUAUAUGUAUAUCUUGGGAUUGACAUUAAUUAUCGUUUAUAUUUUAUGCUUUUAUAAGUGGAUUUUAAGAUUAGAUAAUGAUAUGUAUUUAACAAAAUUAGCGUUAACUCUAAUUCCUGCUGAUUUCUUGAAUGAACAAAAGACAAUGAGUGAUUUAAAAAAUAUAUAAAAUGAAUGA